GCAAUUGAAGGUGUAGGGAGGAGAUGAUGUGGGAACAAGAGUCGUUGAGCAACCCACGUCCCACACCCACCCGUCGCAUAACUAAUAAGUAAUAAACACGCACCUCAAACCACAUGCACACGUGUCCCCUCAAACUCAUGUUGAAGUCGGAACAUAGAUGAGAAGAGAUGAGAUUAGACAAAUUUACCUUGCGAAGGAAGAAGGACUAUAGAGAAGAGAAGAAGAUAAAGGAUUUAAUUGUUAGGAAAUGAAGGGAAGCAAAAGGUCGAUCCACGCCGUCACGACAUGGGUUCGGCGGCAACCGCCCAAGAUGAAGGCCUUUCUCGCCGUCCUAUUGGGCCUCGCCGCCUUGCUCUUCCUCAGAAUCGUCGUCCACGACCACGACAGCCUCUUCGUCGCCGCCGAGUUUGUCCAUGCAUUAGGAAUCUCCGUCCUCAUUUACAAGCUCACCAAGGAAAAAACCUGCGCCGGGCUUUCGCUUAAAUCGCAGGAGCUGACGGCUAUGUUUCUAGGUGUUAGACUCUACUGCAGUUUUGUGAUGGAAUAUGAUAUACACACCAUACUUGAUAUGGCUACAUUGGUGACCACCCUCUGGGUUAUUUAUAUGAUACGCUUCAAGCUGAAAGCUAGUUAUAUGGAUGAUAAGGACAACCUUGCAAUAUACCAUGUGGUGAUACCUUGUGCUUUGCUGUCCUUGCUUAUUCAUCCGACAACCCGGCAUCACACAGUUAAUAGGAUUCUCUGGGCAUUUUGUGUUUAUCUUGAAGCUGUUUCUGUUCUUCCUCAGUUGCGGGUCAUGCAGAACACUAAGAUUGUUGAACCAUUCACGGCUCACUAUGUUUUUGCCCUCGGAGUUGCUAGGUUCUUGAGUUGUGCACAUUGGGUUCUCCAGGUAUUAGAUACUCGUGGGCGUCUACUUACUGCAUUGGGUUAUGGAUUGUGGCCUUCUAUGGUUCUUCUAUCAGAAAUUGUCCAAACUUUCAUCCUGGCAGAUUUUUGCUACUACUACGUCAAGAGUCUUGUUGGGGGACAACUGGUACUUCGACUUCCUUCAGGAGUGGUGUAACUUUAUUCAUGAUCAGAUCCCUCAAGUUGGACGUUCAUAUAGCAUGCAGCACCCAGGAAGUCAGUAUCGCUAGAGGAGCUUGAUAUGUUUUGUAUCUGCGGUCCUUGAGUGAACAGAGUUGAGAAUGUAACAUACAUGUAACUUCGUUGAAAUUUUAAUAUUUAUCUUUGAUCAGUUCAGGUUAGUAUUGGUGGUAAACAGAUAUCAAUAUAUCAAAUAUAAUUUGAUA